CACGCACGUGUUCUCUUGAGUUGCGCCACCAAGUGGCGAAAAUUAUAGCGUCCCAACAUGGCAGCGUCCACGAUUGUCGAGCCUUCAGCGCGUUCUUUGUACCCGAGUCUCGAUGAAGCAACUAGCAUCUACAGAGACAUUGCAGCAGUGCCUACUCCUGCAAAGGCUAGCUUGCUGCGGACCAAAGAGGGUGCUCUGUCCGUCUUUAUUGACUGGACCCAGCGGGAUCUGGAGAGGUCAGAGAAAGUGAAAUUCAAGUCUGUACAUUUGGUACUUCCUGGGGAGGAGAAUACCCUGGGCAGAGUCAUCAACUUGGGACACACGGCAGAGAUCAAGGCAGAGCUAUUGAGCAGCGUGAGUCCCACAGGGACCAAGCGGGCAGUCAUCAGGGAGGUGAAAAACAAGAAAGGAGAGGAGAAGCAAUAUGCAGAGAUAUGGGAUGCAAGCCAUAAAAUUCUCAACCUAGAUCUGACAGCACAGGAGAAGCAUGGAAAAGUGUAUGAAGAUGAGCUGUUCGGUAGCUUGGCCUGGUCAUCAUCAGAGACACAUCUGGUGUACAUUGCAGAGAAGAAAAAACCAAAGGCCAUUUCAUACUUUGAACCAAAAUCCCAGAAAACUAAAAAUGGAGAGACUGAAGACAGCGCUUCUGGAAAAGAUGAGCCAGUCAAGGGAGAUCAGAACGUAAUGUAUGAGGAAUGGGGUGAAACACUCACAUCCAAACAUCAUCCUGUAGUCUGUGUCCUAGACCUUGAGAGCCAGACUAUCAGCGUACUCGAUUCUGUGCCUAAUGAAGUCUCGGCUGGACAUGCGGUAUGGGCUCCAGAUGACUUGGGCAUCGUGUUCGUUGGUUGGUUUCACGAGCCGUACAGACUUGGCGUACGAUACUGCUACAAUAGGAGGAGUGCCUUGUACUACGUCCAGCUUGAAGGUGAUAGAUGCGAGGUACUGAGCAAGACAGACAAGAGUAUAUGGUGCCCUCGAUUUAGCCAGGAUAAAAGCAAGUUAGUGUACCUGUGCAAUGAGGCAGGGGGCCCACACCAUCACUGUAGUCAAAUUGUCAUGUACGAUUGGGUAUCUAAGAAGACUACAGUGGUUGUAGACACCGUGCAAAAGCCUACAGCUGGCUCCCCAUUCCCUGGUGUCUACGUCUUUGGUGAUAACCCAGUUGAUAAGUGCUGGAUGAGUGACAAUAAACGUCUUGUGUUGGCCUCAUUUUGGGGAAGUAAAAAGGAAAUUCUUGUAAUAAACACAGACAAGUGUUCGGUGACCAGGUUGACCUCUGAUCCCAAGUUUGGGGCAUGGACAAUUCUCGAUAUUGUAGGUGAUGUCAUACUAGCCGCACGCUCUGCUCCUAAUAGAAGACCUGAACUGGUGAUAGGUGAGCUACCAUCUGAGGGGCAGGAGCUUAGCAUGGCCUGGAUCUUAUUGGAUGCUAGUAUGGCCUACGUUGAGAACUUGUCCUGGGAAAUUCUGCAACUCAAGGCAAAGACAGACACAGAGUCUGCUCAUGGUGUUAUUGACUAUGAGGCUAUUCUUCUAACGCCAGGCCAGACAUCCAAUGGUAACCUGCCACCGCUUAUUGUUCUGCCGCAUGGUGGUCCACACAGCGUAAUAGUAGCUGAGUAUCUGCUGUCAAUGGUGGCAUUUUGCAAGUUGGGAUUCGCGGUGCUCUUGGUCAAUUUCCGAGGCUCUUUAGGCUUUGGUCAAGCCAGCAUCUUAUCACUACCAGGCAAUGUGGGUCGACAGGAUGUGGAUGAUGUGCAGCAUGCUGUGCUGACAGUGUUGGAUUCUGGGAAGGCUGAUCGGGAUAGGGUCGUCUUGUCCGGGGGUUCACACGGAGGUUUCCUAGUCACACAUCUCAUCGGUCAGUUUCCGGACUUCUACAAGGCUUGUGUGACAAGGAACCCAGUUGUAAACAUUGCAUCUAUGCUUGGAAGCACUGACAUUCCUGAUUGGAAUCACUGUGAGGCUGGUAUUGGGCCCUUUGAGUUUGACAAAUUGCCAUCUCCGGAGAUGUACAGUGCCAUGCUGAGUAAAUCUCCCAUCAUUCAUGCCCACAAGGUAACCACCCCGACCUUAGUCAUGAUAGGUGCUGUGGAUUUGCGGGUACCUCCCAAACAAGGACAGGAAUUCUACAGGGCUCUCAAGGCGCGUGGAACCAAGACAAAAAUGCUUGUGUAUGGUGAAAACUGCCAUGGUCUGGCCAAAGUUGAUGCUGAGGCUGAUUGCUUCAUGAAUAUGUACAAGUGGUUCAGCUCAUUCCUUUAAAGAUGUGAACCACCUUUGUGUGAACAGCAUUAAAGGCGUCCAUGUUUGGACCGAUCAUUUGGUUUUGUUACUUUACAGUGAAGCUGGUUACAUUAACCCCUUCACGCCGGGAGACGGUAAGAGCCGCCAUAAAAAUUGAGAUCCUCAGCCCGCUUUUCAGCUAUUA